AAAGGAAUCUCACACUAGCAAAGCAAGACUGGAAAAUAGUACUAGUGAGAGAAGUGCUUCUUCUUCUUUAGCUUUGGUUAUAAGUUACAAUACAAGGACAUAUAUAUAUAAAUAUUUAUAUAUGCCUCGUGUGAAGACAUGAUAUUAGUGGUGACGUACAAUGUGAUGAGUGAAAGAAGAAGAGAUAGAUAAACUAGUUUAGUCCUUUUGGGGGUCAAGUGGGUCGAGAUACUUGCUAUUAAGUCAGAUAUUGGUCAGUGAGCCAUACUUUUAUUUCUAAGUUAAGCUGUCAAGCAACACUUGUUUACUUUAACCAAACCGCCAGCUAAUACUACUACUCACAACUCUCUCUUUCUAUUUAUACUGAACUCUGCUUCUCUCAAAAACCAUCUCAACUUUCUCCCAAUGGCUCUCAAAUCUUUUCUUCUAUUGGCCACUAUUCUCUUAGUAACUACAGAGUUUGUUUAUGCAGAUGUUCCAGUAACAGGAACAUAUCCUCCUAAGGCUCCCUUGGCCCCAGUUCCUCCAGUGAAGCCACCAACUCCUGUUACCAAACCUCCAACUCCAGUCAUCAAACCACCAGUUCCUGCCCCUGUAUACAAGCCACCAGUACUAGUGCCUCCACCAGUGUUGAAACCACCAACUCCAGUGGCUCCACCAGUGGUGAAACCACCAACUCCAGUGUCUCCUCCAGCUUACAAACCACCAGUAUCAGCACCUCCUCCAGUAGUGACACCACCAGCAUACAAGCCCCCAGUCAAGCCAACACCACCAUCAAUGCCUCCGGUUAAGUCCAAAGAAGAUUGUAAACCAUUGUGUGCUACUAGGUGUUCAGCACAUUCAAGGCCAAAUACUUGCAAAAGGGCAUGCGAAACAUGUUGUGACAGAUGCAGAUGUGUUCCACCAGGCACGUACGGCAACAGGGAAAAAUGUGGUGAGUGCUAUGCUAAUAUGAGAACCCGUGGCAACAGAUACAAGUGUCCUUAAGAAUGAAUGAGAUGGUGUUUGGUGUUACCCUUGUAGUACAAGAAAUGGUUUAAUCUUUAUCACUACUUUUGAGAUGAGACUAGUUUCUACUAGUUUAACAGCUAGCUUGGUCAAUCAAGCCUGAUAGUAUAUGAAUAAAGACUAAAGUAAAUCGAUUUGUAAUGUGUCUAUUUAUUAUUUAUUAUUAUUAUUAUAUGUAAUAUGUAUAAUUUUUCACUUACUAGUAGUCACUAGUCAAUAUAUGUGGAUUUGUUUCUUUUAAAGAAAA